GCAAAAAAAUGGCCACACACAUCAAUUGCACACUCCGCCGUUCACAUACAAACCACCAAUAUCCAUUCACACAUUUUUCCACAGAUAAGAUAGAUUUUCGACAUUGUCACAAAAACCAUUACUCUACGUUUCUUCUUCUAUUUGCUCUGCUCUGCUCUGUAAUGAACACAUUUCUCCUCUUUGCUUAUUGUUUUUUGAAGACUGCUGCAUGAGUUUUACGAAACCUAAUUGGUUCUCCUUCUUCAAGUUCCAUAGCUUGAAGUUUCUUCGUCAACUAUGGCUAUUACUUCGCCCACCUUUAAUCUCCAUUUCACCAAAUUCCACAUUCCUAUUCCCCUCCACCAUCAUCAACGUUCCUCUCAAAUUCGAUAUCCACGGUUCAAACUCAAUUAUUACCCUUCUAUCUCCUCUCACACUCACAGAUUUGCUUGUAUAAGUUCCAAAUGUUCGAUAACCAAUACUGAUAUACAAUUGGUGGAUCAUGUAAACAUUACUAAUGAGGAUAAGACUGAAGGAACGUGUUCACUUGUUGUUGAACCUGAAUGUCCUGUGCCAAUUACACUCAAUACUGAGAUUCUGGAGAAUGAGUCUUUGAAUUUGCUUUCUGAAGCCACGUUUGUAGAUACUCUCUUGACAUCGUUACCUGUUUUGUCUGAAGAGGAACAACAUGUCCUUGCAGCUACUCCGGCCCACCCUGCCGGAUUAUAUGUUUUCUAUUCUAGUUGCAUUGUUGCAAAUUUUGUGGAGCAGCUUUGGAAUUUUGCUUGGCCUUCUGCCAUUGCCUUGAUUCAUUCAAGCCUCUUGCCGGUUGCUGUGAUGGGUUUCUUCACUAAAGUGGCUAUAAUUGUCGGUGGUCCCUUGAUUGGAAAAUUAAUGGACCAUUUGCCUAGAGUGCCUGCAUAUAACUACUUAACUGUCAUUCAGGCAGCCACUCAGUUGCUAUCUGCAGCUAUGAUUAUCCAUGCCCAUUCUUUGCCUCCUACUUCAGUGUCUUCUUUGCUUCUGCAUCCAUGGUUUGUCAUAUUGGUUUCAGCUGGGGCUAUUGAGAGGCUCUGUGGUGUCGCUUUAGGGGUCGCAAAUGAGCGUGACUGGGUUGUGCUGCUGACAGGAGUUAAUAGGCCAGUCGCACUUGCACAGGCAAAUGCUGUUCUAAAUCGAAUUGAUCUCUUAUCCGAGAUAGCUGGAGCAUUGUUGUUUGGAGUCCUUCUUUCCAAAUUUCAUCCUGUGACGUGCUUAAAAGUUGCUUCUGGCUUAAUGAUAGGAUUACUGCCUGUUACAAUUGUUUUAACAUGUUUAACCAACAAGCUUUCUACUGGUGUUCUUGACCGGCCUAAACCAUGUUGCAAAUUAUUCAAUGAAGAUUCUACACCAGAUGCUGACAGUAUAGUGGUUAAAGGUCUGGAAGCCAUCAAGUUGGGCUGGAAGGAGUAUUUGGGUCAGCCAGUUCUUCCUGCUAGUAUUGCGUGGGUGCUCCUCUACUUCAAUAUCGUUCUCACACCAGGCAGUUUGAUGACAGCAUUUUUAACACAACAUGGCUUACAUCCAUCUAUCAUCGGAGGAUUUAGUGGAAUGUGUGCUUUUAUGGGCGUGGCAGCAACAUUCGUGUCUUCAACUCUGGUCAAGCAAUUUGGCAUUUUAAAGGCUGGGGCAGUUGGGUUGGUGUUUCAAGCUUUACUUCUCAGCAUGGCUGUUGCUGUAUAUAUGAGUGGAUCAAUAUCACAUCAGAGUCCUCUUCUUAUCUUCUUGUUUCUGAUUAUUUUGUCACGGCUCGGACACAUGUCAUAUGAUGUUGUAGGGGCGCAAAUUAUCCAAACUGGAAUCCCAUCAUCCAAAGCAAAUCUCAUUGGGACUACAGAAGUUGCUGUUGCAAGUUUGGCAGAGUCUUUAAUGCUUGGUGUUGCAAUAAUCGCAAAUGAUCCUUCUCAUUUUGGAGGUUUGGCAAUCUUGUCUCUUCUGUCGGUGGUCGGCGCAGCAUGCAUGUUCUGUAGAUGGUUGUCAAAUCCAACAGACGAACAAAAAAGCCUUUUUGCUUAUCAUCCUCAGUUUUGAUAUUUAUUUGUUCCAAUAGUUGUCUUUUGCAAAGACUGUUGGAUGUGGACAAGAACCGAAAUAUUUUGGAAACACUUAGCAUGGUGGGUGAUCUAUCCGCCUGAUACAGGAGCCUGAGGCGUUAUCUUCUUGUCUGAGGCAUUUUCUACGGUUUUGCUUGUAAUUCUGUAAAUGUAUAAGCCUUUAUAUUAUAUUAGUGCACAUAAUAAUAAAUCGAGUUAGUUAGGUGUCUAGGUCUACCAUGCACAAACGUUCUGUAAAGCAUUUAUUGUUUUUAAAAUUCUUUUCUAAGGUUUAGAAAUGUCAACAGACUUGCUGCGGAAUUGCAGUGAUUCUGAUAGGGUUUAGUAAUUCAUAAGGAAAUCUCAAGUUCUCGCUAUUAUUUGGAUUUGGGCAAAGCGUUCAUUUUGAGCAAACAGGAGCAGUUAUAUGUAUGAUUUUGAUUAAACAAAUUGGUGGGUUGGAAACUUGAACUUGUGAUCAUAUAUGUAUAGUAAAUUGUGAUCAUAUGUAUUGAUUAAACUUAAGAAUAAAUACACAUUUAGUUAUUU